GCCAUAGAGACCGCGGCCGCCGCCCCCUUCUGGGGAAACGGAAGGAGGUAGGUCGCGGAGCGCUACUGCUACCACCAUGGAGGUUGAGGCCGGGACCCCUACCCUGUCCUUGCCUCAGCCCCGAGAACAAGAGCGGAAAUUGCAGCAGGAGAAGCUCUCCGGGGUGGUGAAGAGCGUUCACCGGCGCCUGCGCAAGAAAUACCGGGAAGUGGGUGACUUUGAUAAAAUAUGGCGUGAACAUUGUGAGGAUGAAGAAACUCUCUGUGAAUAUGCCGAGGCAAUGAAAAACCUGGCAGAUAAUCACUGGGCUAAAACUUGUGAAGGAGAAGGUCGCAUUGAAUGGUGCUACAGUGUAUCCCGGGAAUAUUUUCAAAAUGGUGGAAAACGGAAAGCACUGGAAAAAGAUGAGAAAAGAGCAGCUCUUGCUACUAAAAGCAUUCAAACCACAAGUGUUCAUUCAAGUUCAAAAAUGGAGGUUUCUACUGAUAAUUCAAGCCAUAGUUCUAUAAUGGAUGAAUUGCUACAUCCUUCAGGAAAGAUAAGAUUACUUGAUGUUGGCAGCUGUUUUAAUCCAUUUUUGAAGUUUGAAGAGUUUUUGACUGUUGGUAUUGAUAUUGUCCCAGCUGUUGAGAGUGUCUACAAAUGUGACUUUUUAAACCUUCAGAUUCAUCAGCCUCUUCAGCUUGCACAAGAUGCCAUUGAUGCUUUUUUGAAACAUUUGAAAAAUCCUAUUGAUUCCCUGCCUGGAGAACUAUUUCAUGUUGUGGUCUUUUCCCUCCUCCUUUCUUAUUUCCCCUCACCCUAUCAGCGAUGGAUAUGUUGCAAAAAGGCCCACGAACUCCUUGUAUUAAAUGGAUUGCUCCUUAUUAUCACUCCUGACUCUUCCCAUCAGAAUCGCCACGCUAUGAUGAUGAAGAGCUGGAAAAUUGCUAUAGAAUCUUUAGGUUUUAAACGUUUCAAAUACUCAAAGUUUUCUCAUAUGCAUUUGAUGGCCUUUAGGAAAAUCUCACUGAAAACAACAAGUGACUUGGUGAGCAGGAACUACCCAGGGAUGCUAUACAUUCCCCAGGAUUUCAACACUGUGGAAGAGGAGGAAUUUUCUAAUAAUUCCUGCUAUAUCCGAUCAGAUGUUGAAGAUGAACAACUGGCCUGUAGCUUCAUGGAGCUUCCAGAUGCUCCUUAUGACUCAGACUCUGGGGAAAGCCAGGCUAGCUCUAUACCCUUCUAUGAACUGGAAGAUCCUAUAUUGCUUCUAAGUUAAUAUAACAAUUAAAAUCUGCUUCAGAGUCCAAAUUCCCUUUCCUAUAAAACUAAUUUUGCUAAAUCGACAUCUGCUCUGCACAUGAAGCAUUUACAAAAAGGAAAUGCUAAAGGUUUUGAGAACUAUUACUAUUUUUUGGUACUUGCAAAUUUUAAAAUGUAUUCUUGUAUUGAAAAAUUAACGUGUUUUAUGCAGAAUGGCUCGUCAUGCCAUAGCAUGAACAGGGUUUACUUAGUAAUAUUCUAGAAAGGUACCAUCCUCUUCCAGUGCUGUGAACUGUGAUUCUGCAUUCUAUGCUGAUGUGCCCUGGUUUAAUACUUUUAAUCCAUUUGGUUGAGAUUCGUGAUAGCAUUUCUCAGAUUUGCACAAAAAGAGAUGAUAUGCACUGUUAAAUGUCUAAGAAAUAUGUUUAGAAAGCUUUGUUAGCCUUGAACUUGAACAAAAAAACGUUUUGCUUGAGUUAAUGUUGAUCUGGUGAAUGAAAAUAACUGCAAAAUGACUUCAUUUAAGUUGUAUUUGCAACUGGAACACUUUCACAAAAUACAGAUGCUGUUACCCUUGCAAUUCAUGGAAUGAUAUAUAAUACACAUAAGCAUAAACAGGUUUUUUAAAUUACCUCACAACUAGUGUAUUCUUGCCAUUGUUUUGAUUACACUGCUUUACCAUGUUUUCUGAAUCAAACUAUUGAAGUAGGAAAACUAGAUAACACUGCUGAUGUUGUAUAAUUUGAUAAUUCUAGCAAUGAGAAUAUAUGGAAUUGGGCCUGAUCCUAAACAUAUAUAAGUCCCUGUUUGCUUUUGUCUUAUAUAAACAUAUAAACAUAUAAUGGGAGAAAAUAGAAGAUUGUUGCCUACUUCUAUGUCUAGAUGCCAGAUUAGAUAGCUAAUCUGUAUUUGAAUAUGAUGUUCAAAGGUCAUUCUAGUUAAAAAUGAAGUGUAAGAUUUUGUUUUAAGAACAACCCCAGCUUUUCCGUUCUUAGCUGCCCCAGGACAGUUAUAUUCAAAUAGUUAAGGAUCACUUCCUGACUUAAUAACUGAUUAAAUGCAUUUAUGCUUGCAUAUCUGAAUGAGGGUGCAGCCAAUAUAUUUUGGAAUAUACAAAUAAACAGCUAAAAGGCAAAAUAGUUCUACAGUUUCAGAAAUGGCAAUAUUGAUAUUAACCAUCCAUUUCAGAAAUGCCACUGCACAGUUUGAAAGCAAAGUGUUUAUUUAUGGAGGGGGGGUUAAACAACAAUGCUUUACCACUAAAUUUUUGCACUGAUGUUUCACAACUGACUUUUAGAUUUGCUUUUUACCUUGUGUGUCGAGUAAUUCAUGGUAUAGUAUUGCUUUGCAUAUAAGUAUUUUUAAAAGUUCAUAAACAUUCAAAUUGCAGUGCUGAUAAUAACCAUACUAAAGUUAGCCUAAUGAGUAUAAUCUGAAAUAAAUCAGUUUUGUGGGACAGAAAUAGACACAGUAGUAUUUUAGGCAAGACAGGAAAGGCUAGGCUACCAAAUCUGCCUUUUCUAAUGUCUCCUAUGCAUUUAAAAAAAUAUAUGUCUUUUGGCCUUAGCUUUAGGCAGUUAAGCUGGAAAUAUUCUCUCCAAUUACCCCAAAAUCUUUUUAUAUAGCAUUCCCAGGCUCAAGGAUUAUUCUCACAGCAAGACUGAAGGUAACUAGUAUUAAAUGCUAGAAACGCUAGCGUUGCUAGAAACCAAUCUUAGUGUAGUCUAAGAUUAGUGCAAUCUAUCAAUUCCAGAACCCAAUCUUAGUGCAGAAAAGUGGUGUAGUUUCCCUUACACCAGUACUACAACUCCAGCUUUUCAUCUAAUCUUCUAUAGGCUUGUGAUAAAGAAUCACACUUCUGAUUUAUAUUUUGUUAAUCCUUACCUAAAUGCAUUCACUGGUGAAAUGUGAACUAAGGAAAGGAUGGCCGUUUCCAGCUCCUAAAUCAGAUUGGCAAACCACUUACCCCACAUAUAAAGCAAAACUGGGGUGUGGAUGAGCUACAAUUUGUAAAAACGGUGCUAGAAAGCUCGCAGCCAACAUGCCACAUCUAAGCAUGGGAGGCUUUUCAAAUAGCCUUUGAAAAAAACUAUUUGCUGGUCAGGCAAAAGUUGCCUACUUCUAGUUAAAGAUUCCUUUUAACUAGAAUUAAAAGCUUUCUCAUUUUAGUAUUGUUGGAAUAGUUUAAAAAUAUGUUAGCUUUAUCCCUCUUCCCAUAAUAUUGUUUCCUGUUUACGUAUCCAGAAUAUGCAUGAUGUACUGUUUAAUUAGCAAAAAGUUCUCAAAACUUCAUAGUAUGAUGCAUUUAUGUUGUGUGUAUGUAUGUGGUAAUGUCAUUGUUUUCCAGCUCAUUCUGAUGCCUAAUCCAGGUCAAGAUAUACGUAGAUGAAAUAGCUUCAAGUUUGAAGGGUAGAUAUUGGCCAGUAAUACCUGGUGGCUUGGUGAAAAGUAUGUUGUUUUUCCUGAAUGUUUGUGGGUAUGGUGAUAUUUUAAACUACUUGCUAUGUUUUACUGGAUGUAUUUUCACUGGAUAUACAAAUUUCAAGACAGCUGUGUAGAUCUGUCAGACUUUCCAAGAUCCUAGGGUUAACAAGGAAGAUACCCUUUCCAAAUAUACCACAAAAUGUUACAUUUUUUUCUCUUAAGUUCUCAGAGAAAGCACAUCAGGAGAAAUGUAUAUCAACAGUUUUCUGAGUAGUGUUGAUGUAUACUAUUUCAUUCAGUUUGCCUUUAAUGAUCAAGAGAACAAAACUGCCAUUAUUACAUUAGUAAUAGAGAAUUAGAGAAUAUAAAAUAUUUUAUAACAAAAGCCAUAAUAGUGCUUGGUUAUAUUUAUACACAAUCUUGAGAGCAACUGUUUAUACAGAUCAGUAAUAACAUAAUACCAAAAAAGGGAUUCCUCCCAUAUCAACCAAAUAAUACCUUGCUCUGGAAGACACUGAGUUAACACAUUCUGUGGCUUGCUUUGUUGGUUGUACCCUGGUUUUUGGUUUUUAAAUCUGUUUACAGUUCAGUGUACUGUUGGAAUCUAGCCAAUUGUAGCUUAUUCAACAACUGAGAUUAAACUGGCUUGUUACACUAUGUGGUACCUCUUUGGAAACAUGAUUAACCUUCAAUUGUUCUUUAGGCGUUUCCUAUUUCUAUGUUUGAAAAGUAUUGAUAGCAAGCAUCAAUUACAAUUCAAUCUUGUGUAUUUGCUCUUCAUUAAAAUGUUGAACUCUUA